GAAUGUCCGUACAUCACACAACUUUAACCAGACAUUAUUAACAGUUUAUUUAAAAAAUAUCCUCCCGCGUUCAUAAUCAGACAAAAUAAAAACGUGUUCUUUUUACGUUUUCAAGAAAAUCGAAAAGUUUAUCGUUUUUCAUAUGCGGGGAAUCCCCGAUUUGUUUUGUUAUUUUGGUUAGCCAUUCGGUAGAACACGUCUCCACCAUAACCACAUAACCAUAAUAAACAAUCAGCUGAUUGUCAGCAAAAAACCAGAGAGGAGCAGUGUUUUCGAAAGAGAAGUAUGGAGAAUCGCCGAAAUUUUGGAGGACCGACGUACCGUCCUCCGAGUCGGAGAGUUGGAUCACGGUCUAGGAUUCUUGGUUACUACAGUGUAGAUGCAGAUAGAAAUUUUACACCGGACUCAUCAAAACUUAAGUAUUUCAAUCCUCCUGAAAGCAAUCUUGUCACUUUUGAUCUGGAUGACGGUCGAGAGGAAGCGGAUCCAAGUAAUGGCAUAUUUCAGCAGCCUGGUAUGUCACGAACAAUACAAUGGAUAGCAGCAAAUCAGAGACACGUCAAAAUGACGCCCAACAGUGAUCGCUUGAUAUCCCCACAUUUCGUAUGCAACCUUGGAUUGCUGUCACGUUUAAUGACUGCUCCUUAUACACCAAACGAAUGCUGGAGAAUAUGGGCUGGAAAAUGGAAAGGAACCAUUUAUCUGCGCACUGACAAAAGUAUGCAGCAAAAACCUUCCGAAUUCGAGUUGAAGUUUGGUUAUUGGGGGAACAAAUUCCAGCAAUAUAUAACAUCAGAAUCCCCUAGUAAAGCUCCAGACACAUCGAAGCCAGUUGUGGAAACAGAGGAGUUUCGUUGUGUCUAUCAACAUCAAUUUUCCAAAUAUUCUGUACUAUUUUCGGCUGUAAGAAAAGCAGUUAUUUCUAAAGAAAAACUCUCAGAUCCGUUACCGCUCCACAAGCUCAAGUUCAUUGACUUGAGAACAAAUAAAAUAAUAGAGCAUGCAGGACACGAUAAAAAUUUAAAAAAAUACAAGUUUUUGCAGUGGUGGGUAAGAGCUUACCUCACUAACGACGACAAAGUUUUGUGUGGCUUCAGGGAUGAUAAUGGAGUCGUCAGCAUUUUGAAUACGUUCGAAACUCACCAAAUGGUUAAAGCGUCAAGGAAUUUUUGGAAUCCAGAAGAAUGCAUCAAGUGUUGUGAUACACUUCUUGAAAAACUCGCAGAAAUUGUCAUUGACGAUUCUGAUGAAACGAUUUACGAGCUCACCAGAAAUUCGCACGAAGAAUUUGAUAUCAAAGAACUAAAACCUUCGGAUGAAAAUCGUGUUCCUCCAGAAUGGUACAAGAAUACCAUGAGCCAAUGAAUUCGUGUGUGAAUGACGUGAAAUGAAACGUCUUGUACGAAUUUAGAAUUUUUAUGACUUCUCAAAGAACAACCAAUAAUCUGCCUAUUGAUGUAAACAUACAAGAAAUAUUAUUUUUUCAAUAAACUUACGAAUAUUGGCUCGAUACGUGUUCGAACACACAAUAAUUGUACGUUAUAACAAAAAUCAGAAAAAAUUAUUCAGUGAAUUAUUCAAAAAUGAUCUUUUCGAACGCAAUUAUAAGAAAAAUACUUGAAUUUUUUGCGCAUAGCAUUUUUGUAAAAGUGUUAUUUUUAAUAAAAAAUGUGUUGUGCAUUCUCAAA